AUGAUAAUUGUUUCAGUGUUAAGUUGUGAACCUUCCCUUGACGGUAUUCAAGAGUUAGCAGGAGUCAAACCCAAUCAACAAUUGGUUAAGUUGUUAUUCUUCCACGGACCACUUCAGCUGUGUCUCAGACUUUUUGAGUUUGUCACAUCAAUCACCUACAUAAAGCUUGAGAAACCUGAGUCUUAUCAGGAGAAAGAACCUGGAUACAUAGGAAGCAGCAUCAAUCUUAGGAGGAAAGCAAUAUCGGAACUGGUUUUGUCAUUUAUGAAUGGCAAAUGGUUAGGUUUAUUAGUUAGGUUCUGCUUGCAAUUUUCAAAACUAUAUUGGUGCUUCAAGUAUCGCCUCCAUCUAAAUCAGCUCCAUUCUCUGAUAUAUUUUCACUUGGUGUUAUUAUGGCUUUUGCAUCCGGUCUUUCAAACACAAGCCUUAAGUAUAACAGGUUCUGAUAUUUCCACCAUUCACAAAUAUCAGAAACUUUGCAAAUUUUCUAUGUGUUGUUUAAUUGCAGACAUGAACUCGAAUUUGUCAUACAAGAUAAUUUUAUUAGCUGCUGCUGAGAUAUGUCAAUUGAUAAUGAUGAUGCAUAAUUGCAACCUCGAAAAGCACACUUCCUAUUGA